AUGUCUGUCACAGUGGACCAACACCAGACUGAUGGCCACUCCAAAACGAAGAUCGUCUUUAUCUCCGUGUUGUUUGUGUUGUCGUUGACAAUGUUUGUGUUGCAAACUGAGUUCACUUCCCAGGCUUAUACUCGGGGGUUUAAAGAGCCAAUUAUACUAUUAAUAGUCACCCAUGGAUCUUGGUGGACUUUGUGGCCACUACAGGUGUUGUCGGUGGCGGUAUACCGCGUGAUUUCUAGGGCCAGGCGUGCUAUAGAUCCCUCAAAGCCAGGGUACCAGCCGUUAUCUUCCACCACCGAAUUGCUUCCUACGGUGGUGGCACCUGCUCCCAUCAACCCCAACAGUGCUAGUCCACCUCCACCAACGAUAAACUAUUGGCUUUACUUCAAGAAGGCCAUAGUCAAGCAGUUCCACAACAUUUAUCACACGUCCAUCAUUAUCUAUGAAUAUCACGUUAAUGACGAUGACCGCAUCCACGGAAUCAAUCAGCUCAUCGACCAGCACCCACACAUCCUGCUGACGCCUUCCAUCACUGCCUGUGUUGUUUCGUUUGUACAGACCCCAUCCAUCCAAUACAUUCUCUGGAAGACCUUUGUGUUGGUAUUGUUACUUACUGUUGCCGGUUUCACCUGGUACGGAUCUAUGGCCCUCACCUACGCAGCAGAUGUCACAGCCAUCUACAAUUGUUCGGCAUUCACUGCCUACAUCUUCGCUAUCCCGUUGUUGAAUGAACGAUUUUCGUGGCUCAAGGCAAACUCUGUCCUUAUUGCCAUUGUCGGUGUGUUUAUUGUACUGUACUCUGAUUCGAGUGACGGGGCUGACACCCCUUAUCCAUAUAGGUUUUGGGGAAACUUAGCCAUCUCCAUUGGUGCGGUGCUUUAUGGAUUAUAUGAGGUAUUCUAUAAGAAAUUCUUGUGUAUUCCUCCUCACUUAUCCAAGUUGAUCACCCCGAAAAGACAAAUGGUUUUUGCCAACUUUGUUAUGUCGUUGUUGGGAUUGUAUACGGCUGUCAUCCUUUUGGUGGGGUGUAUAUUGGUGGAUAUCUUGGGAAUCCAUAAGUUCAACUUGGUCAACUAUGAUGGAGCAGGAGUGAUCUGGGGUUACAUUGCCGGCUCAAUUGUAUCUAACCUUUCAUUCAGCGCUCUGUUUUUGUCUUUGAUCUCCUUGACAAAUCCAGUGCUAUCAUCUGUCAGUUCUCUUUUGACGAUCUUCUUGAUUGGUGUGGUGGAAUGGUGGUUAUUUGAUAACGUCUUGAGCACUUCUCAGUUGGUGGGUGACGUUUUGGUCAUCAUAGGCUUUGUGCUUUUGACCGUCGCUUCGUGGAAUGAAAUCAGCGAAGGGGAGGAUCUGGACGAGAUGGAGGUUGUGUCCAACUACUCAUUUGCCAUUUCUACCCUGGACGAUUCGCAGCCAUUAAGGUAA